AUGUCCCGCUUCUUCCCGCACACGGCAUUCGCGGAGGACCAGCCGCUCGCCCGCACCAUCCUCUGGACCCACGUCCUCACGCGCGCCGCCACCAUGGGUUCCAUCCUCGGCCUCGGCACCUUUGCCCUGCGCUCAGCCGCCGGGUCCCGCGUCCCCUUCCUCGCCUACGCGCCCACUGAUGCCGCGACGAUCCGAGCUUCCACGACCCUCGCCAAGACGGCCGUUCCCUCGGCGAACCCGUCUGCAAACCCGCUGCGAGCCGCCCGGCUGCUCGGCACGGUGGGGUCUGCGACGGUCGCGACGGUGGGCAUCACAGCGCUCGUCACGAUAGCGCACAUGUGGGGGAGGGAAGAGGUCGAGUGGCUCGACCGCAGCUGGAGGCUCAGGGCCAACCCGUUCCAGACGGAGGUCGAUGACUGGACCUACGGCACGAGUAUCGCGGCGUUGGGCAUUGCAGGUGUGGGCUUCCGCAAGCAGAUGGCCAAUCUCGGGUGGAGGGGCCUUGUUGGUGUUGCUGGGCUGGGCAGCGUUGUUGGGACGGUGGGCUACAUGGGUUGGAGGCACGGCAUCAAGGGCGGCACGUUUGCUGCAUGA